CCGUCGUCGAGGUGAGACUAAACUCCUCAAAGCUUCGACGCUUUGCCCGCUGAAUCUAUCUAGGACAUGCUCCUCGUCCUUGACCACCAUGACCCCCACUUUACCUGCUGAGUCGUCGUUUUCUCCGUCCUUUAUAUACCCUGUAAAAUCUCUCCUAUCCGGUAUUCAGCCUCAUCAGCCGUCACAGUUGGUGUCUCCGUUGGGACUUUCAUCUCCAGACGCUGAAAAUGAUGCGAUCACUCCUGGCGAGAGCUCCACCGUCUAUCACUCCACCCGUUCCGUAUCGACAGGAACCGCCGUCAACGCACGUUCACGCAGAUCGAAGAGUCUUACUACCUUUUCAUUUGAAGAGAGCACCGCGUCAAAUCGCGUCGUCUCCGGUAGGGAAACUAGGAAAUUUCUCAAGUCAAAUUCACCUCCAAAUUUCAAGCAUUAUCCUGCUGGCGAAGAAUCUCCUAGUUUACCGCGCUCUUUUGUUCAGCACGGAAGUGCUGCUCCAUCCUCUAAUCAAAUUUCAUACCCUGAUGACUUAAAAGCUACCCCAACAUAUCUAUCUCCGGACCUCGUACAACUCGACGUAACGUCACCUAAACACUCUCCUGUUGAAUACCCUUACGAUGCACGACAUCCCCCUCCCUUAACUAUGGUUUCUGGACAGGCGUUCACCUCCCGUCAUACCUCUUUACUCCCGCACACCGGGUCUGUUUCAACCUCAACAUUCGAUCCGGCUUGGAACGUCUCAGGGCUCGGGCUCGUUCAUCUUCCCUCACGUCAGCCAUCAGAAUCAAACUCCAUAAGCCCCAACGACCUUGCGGAAGAUUCAGACAACCGCCGACCCAACUCAUCGGCCCGCAGUAAUGCCAGUAGCAGCGAAGUGUCCAAUUAUUUGACACCAGAAGAUUUCUCGUCCGGGGGGAGCCUCGGUGGGUCUCGGCGGUCCGCAUCAGAGGCGUCAUCUACUUCCUCUGCUCCACCUCUCGCUACUGUUCGUUUUCGAUACAUACAAGAUGAGAAUGGACAUCACGUUGUCACUGGAAGAGAGGGCCAACUCACAGCUUGUGAGGGCGAGCCUAUUCGAACUCCAGGGGCAGUUCAAGGUUUCGGUGUAUUGAUCGCUGUGCAAGAACUGGAGGAUCGGCUACUGAUCCGCCAGGUUUCCGAAAACGCAACCGAACUAUUAGGAUUAUCACCUCAGUACCUAUUCUCCCUCGAGUGUUUCACUGACACUCUUUUGGACUCCCAAGCUGCACUUCUCUGGGAUAAUAUUCAGUUUUUAUCUGACCCAAAUUCAUCUCCUCAUUCCAUCCCCCCAUCUACGCUGUCAGUGGAGGAUGACUGUGAGCAGGAUGCUCCCCAUGUCUUCCUCUUGUCUGGAUACGGCGCUCCAGGUACCGGGCUUCCCAACGAAACAACCGCUGAAAUGCAUGCCCCCCAGGGUCCACAAAGUGAUAGGCGGAAAUGGACCUGUUGGGUUGCCAUACAUCGACCUCAACCCAGUCCAUACCGCUCAGAAGCCCCUAUCACGUCGCACAAUGGCGUGAUAAUAAUGGAAUUCGAGUUGGAAGUUGACAUGUUGAACCCUCUCUACCCGCCUCCAGGAUCUAGGAUUUUCGCUCAGUCGAAAUUUUCUCCCUCCAGAACAUCUGGCGUAAGCUCUCCAUCCAGUAGCACUGAGAAUCAUUCAGACGGAGCCUCUUCAUCGUCCGACAGUGCGAGCGGGAGUGAGAAUGGAACAGGUGGAAAUGUGACCGAUGCAUCCGAGCGUACAUCGGCCACCUCCUUAAAUACCUCGCCAAGUCCGUCGUCGAUGGGCACAUCUCGUCCAAUACCUAAAUCUGAUGUCUCUCCCUCAUUGAUGUCUCAGUCGCAGUCUACAGAUACCAUAACCCCCGAUGGUGCUCUAGGGCCGUUGUAUCCCCAUUCGGACCCAAUACAAAAAUCACCUCUUGCAACAGGAUUAGAUGGCAAUGAAGACUGGACUCCAAGCACGGAGGAAAUUCUUGAAAGUACCACCUCGAGGUCAAAGCCGCUUCUUGCACUCGAACGACUUCGCCGAUUGUCCAAAAUGCCGGGACCGAUUGACAGUAAUUCGCCUGGCUAUGGUCAAUCACCUUUAAGGACGCGUAGGGCCCAACGGCGUUCACAACUCUGCAGAGAUGCUCAAGCUCAGCCAGCAGGAGCGGUCGGGAUGAUGGACGUAUUUGCGGUUAUGGCACAGAUCAACGAACAGUUGGGCACUGCUCCAGACCUGGACACAUUCUUGAAGAUAGUUGUUGGAUUGAUCAAGGACCUUACACAGUUUCAUCGUGUUCUCGCUUACCAGUUCGAUGAGGCGUGGAAUGGCCAGGUAGUCGCUGAGCUGGUCGACUGGAGCCAGACCCAUGAUUUGUAUAUGGGCCUACACUUUCCUGCUGGCGACAUACCGGCUCAAGCCAGGGAACUUUACAAACUGAAUAAAGUCCGUAUUCUGUAUGAUCGUGAUCAAUCGACAGCACGUCUAGUCGUCAGAAGCAAAGAAGACUUGGACCCUCCCUUGAAUAUGACUCAUUGCUAUCUUCGUGCUAUGAGUCCUAUCCAUGUACAAUACCUCAAGAACAUGGGCGUUAGAGCGUCCAUGUCGGUGUCAAUUAUGGCAUUCGGCACUUUGUGGGGUUUAGUCGCGUGUCAUUCUUACGGUGGUCACGGAAUGAGAGUGUCUUUCCCAGUCCGUCAAAUGUUGCGACUUCUCAGUCAGUCGAUAUCCAGGAACAUCGAGAGAUUGAGUUAUGCUAAAAGGCUUCACACACGGAAAUUGAUUAAUACAAUCAGUUCCGACAAUCAUCCGACUGGCUAUAUUGUGUCUAAUGCCGAUGACCUUCUCGGCCUUUUUGACGCCGACUUCGGAAUUCUUGUCAUUGGCGACGGAGCAAAGAUACUUGGACCCAACCAGCAUGGACAGGAGAUCUUGAUAAUGGCGGAAUACCUACGUUUGAAGCGCUACAACUCAAUUCAGGUUUCUCAAGCCGUCACAGUCGAUUUUCCUGACCUCAAAAUUUCUACUGGCUUAGAAGUUGUGGCUGGGCUGUUGUACGUCCCGCUAUCGAGUGGUGGCCAAGAUUUUAUUGCAUUCCUACGCCGAGGUCAACCGCGAUGCGUUCAGUGGGCUGGGAAACCGUAUAAACAAGGUAAUGAAGAAAAAGCUGUCCUUGAACCUCGAAAGUCCUUCAAGAUAUGGUCGGAGAAACUGGCGGGAAGAUGUAGGGUCUGGACAGAUGAACAGCUUGAGACAGCAGGCGUGCUGUCUUUAGUGUAUGGGAAAUUCAUUGAAGUCUGGCGGCAGAAAGAAAGCGCCCUUGCAACGACCAACUUGACUAAUUUGUUACUGUCGAAUGCCAGUCAUGAAGUUCGAACACCACUUAAUCAUAUAAUCAACUAUCUGGAAAUGGCUCUCAACGGCCCUUUAGACGGGGAAACACGAGAUAACCUCAGUCAAUCCUACAACGCUUCGAAGAGCUUGUUGUUCACAAUCAACGACUUAUUGGACCUUACUCGCCUGGAAAGUGGCAAUGAAACGUCAUUCAAUGAACCGUUUGAUUUGUGUAAUUCGAUUCUAGACGCUACCUUCUUGUAUCGGAAGGAAGCCGAAAGACUAGGCAUCGAUUUCCAAGUACACACUGAUGAUGCUCCGAAGAAUGUUGUCGGAGACUCCCGAAAAAUCAAGACGGUAGUGCAGAACUUGACUGCGAAUGCUUUGAAAUACACGGCAAAUGGCUCCAUAUCUGUUCGAUGUACAACGUACAGUGAACCAGAAGGGCUCAGAGCUUCCUCCUCCACCGCCGUUGAAAUUGUGGUCGCAGACACCGGGUGUGGUAUUCCAACUAACAAGCUAGAGAGUAUAUUCCGUGAGUUCGAACAAGUGGAAUCGUCCGAACCAAAAACCAGUGCUGAACCCGGUGUUGGUCUUGGAUUGGCUGUUGUGGCGAGGAUAGUGGAGCAACUGGGAGGCCAACUUCGUGUUGAGUCGAAGGUCGAUGAGGGAAGCCGAUUUUCUUUCCUCAUCCCCCUCUCACUGAACGUGGAAGGACAUAAAUCUGGGUCCUCAACGUCAGCGAGCGGAUCGUCACUUGCAUCCUCGUUCAGGUCUCGAGCAGUCAGUAACGUCUCUGCGGAACGGGAAAUCGAGUUUCUUGUUGAGGCAUUGUCUUCCAGUCACUUGUCACCGUCACCGUCACCGUCCCCAGCCCCACUCACUGUUGGAGCCAGCCCAAAAACAUCACUGGCUGGUACUUUCGGCGUGACAGAUUCCUCUGUCCCAGUCCGCCCAGUAAAAGUCACUGGUGAACUAAUUCGUUCACAUGGGAGCACGGGAAAGCUACGCUCUGUAGUGUCUAGGCCUCGGAUUAUCCGCUCACAUUCUUCAGACGAUGUAGAACCACUCAAAACAACAGAACUCGACAAGCUCAACUUGAGGGUCCUGAUUGUCGAGGAUAACGACAUCAAUCGAAAAAUCCUUGCUAAACGCUUACACAUGAACGGUCACACGGUAGUGAACACUACAAAUGGUCAAGAGGGUUUAGAUCGAGUCAAGUCAGAUCAAGAAUUCGACUGCAUUCUCAUGGACAUCAACAUGCCCAUCCUCAACGGAUAUGAAGCCUCACAACGUAUUAGAGAGGUUGAACGACGUGAAGACGAGUCCGUCGACCCUGGUUCGGAGAAGGAGAAUAGACGUCUCUCGCAUCAGCUCAAUGGUCGGAUACCCAUCUUCGCUGUCUCUGCUUCGCUGUUUGAACAAGAGCGGGAUAAGCUUUUGGAUUCUGGUAUGGAUGGAUGGAUUUUGAAGCCUAUAGACUUCAAAAGACUGGCUAGGAUACUAACCGGUGUAACGGAUUUGGAACAAAGGGAGCGCGAUCGCUAUCACCCUGGUUAUAACUGGGAGAGUGGAGGCUGGUUAUCACAUUCACGGGCCACGCGUUCUACCUCAAAGGAGACACACUCUUUUUCGUUCGAUGGCCCUCAUUCUUCUUCAUAAAUUGUUUUUGGGUGUUCAAUUUAUGGCGGUUCAUUCUCUUGCUCAAACUAUCCUUUGGACUUACUCUUUCUAUGCCUUUUCUCUCAAGCGUCGUUUCUUUUUUUAAAUGUGUCUAGCAAUUUAAGUUGUAAAUGUUAAUUAUGCAUCAGUUGUAGGUCAUAUAAAUGCGGACCCUCCGUCGCAUAACAGUAUUUUAUAUUUAUGAUCCCGUUCUAGUACUAGACACGCAUCCUAUGUUUUCAAUCUCUACCAAGCGGUCCUUUA